CUUGAUCUUAACCUCAGAUAUUUUUCGAAAAUUUGAAUCUGCAUUUAAUAUUUAGAUUUAAAGAAUAUUGCGAUUUUUAUGAGAUUAGAUAUCAAUUUCAUCAGCAAUGGAUUAUAAUAUUGAAAAUAUGCCCAUUCACAUAGAAGGAAUGGAACUAGGAAUGGAAUCUUCCCCAGCCCCAGGUCCUAGUUCAGUUAACACUGAUGAGAGUCGGACUCAAAUAAAACAAGAAGUUUCAGAGGACGAAUUAUCUGAUGAUGACGACCACGAUGAUAGUGAGGAAAAUGAAAAAGAAGGUAUAAUUCGAAAAGAUCUUACUAAACUGUCUCCACACUUGAAGGGUCUCAUGGGUGAAGCAAAUCUUCGAUAUGCCAGGGGAGAUCUAGAAACGGCGAAAAAGAUGUGUUUUGAGGUGAUAAGGCAAGCCCCAGAUGCAUAUGAAUCAUAUUUGACUCUAGCACAAAUGUAUGAAAGUACAAAUUCAAGAAAGCAUAAGGCUUAUCUGAUGUUGGCAAGUCACUUGGCACCUGGAAAUGAGGCAAUUGCCUGCAGCCUUGCAGAACUAUUUACUCAAGAUGGUGAUGUUGAUGAAGCUAUCAAAUGUUAUAGUAGAAUAUUGCUCAAAAAACCAAGAAACUUGGAAAUACAUAUGAAACGAAUGCAGCUGUUGGAACAAAAAGGAAGAACAAAAACUCUACUGAAAGCCAAACAAACAAUGCUAAAAAGAAUAUCAAGAAAUAAUCAUCAGCAAAUGGUUCAGUUAGCUAUGGAAAUAGCUGCAGAGUAUUUCGAAUUGAAGAACUACGCUAAAGCAGUCGAGGCAUUGCAAAUUCCACUAAGAAGGAUACCUAAAAAAAUCACUAGAGAUGUCAUCAAUAUGAUGCUAGAACUCCUUCUGAUCAGCGAAAGACUUGUAGAGUGUCUCGAUAUUUUCACUCAAUAUUGUGGAUUCACCUUCGAUCUUACUCUAAAUGAAAAUAACGCUAUUUAUUUGAACACUUACACUCUACCUGAAAACGUUGAAAUCGAUUUGAAAAUGAAGUUCGUUUCAUGCUUAGUCAGACUUAGAGCAGAACAUCUCUUCCCUGAUUUGAUUAACAGUGUUCUAGUCUUAGAUAACGUCGAAACAAUUGGUGAUCUUUAUUUGGACGUAGUAGAUUCUCUGAUACAAAGUAAUUACCCUAAGGAAGCACUGAAAUUGCUGGUUCCCUUGGUGAAAAGCCAGAAUUUCUCUUUAGCCGGGGUGUGGUUGAAAUAUGCUGAAGUUCUUACUACUUGUGAAAUGCUUGAGCAAGCUACAGAGGCUUAUUUCACUGUUAUGGCUUUAGCUCCUUCGCACGUAGAGAUCCUUUAUCCCUUAGCCAUGCUUCUGCUAAAACAGAACAAGAAGUCCGAAGCUCUAGAAGUUCUCUCACAAGAGCUGAUCGGAAACAGACUAGAUGUCGCUGUGUUAGUAGAAAAAAUGAAGUUGUUGAAAACCAUCGAGGAUUGGGACGCUUACUUUCAAAGCGCCGAGUUGCUUUUGUCCAGGCAUUGUAUCAUCGUCAAAUAUCCGGAAGAGCUCCAUAUCAAUUUAACAAGGGACACUUAUAAGGAGAAGGCUGUGCGGCUGAAGAAGAUGAGACAUUUGAGGAAUCAGGAUACUGAAAUUGAAACGAAUUUUGAGACUAUCAGAGAACCGAGUCUAGAAGAGGAAUAUGAAGUCUAUAAAGAUAUACUUCAAACUGCGAUGGACAGAAGGGAGUUUGGUGUGUUGCAGAAGUUCACAUUCAUGGGACUGUGCUCGAAGAGAUUUGGAAAAUAUUUCAAUGAAAUUUACCAAAUGGCAUUCUUCAGUUGCCUACUCAACUGGGACAUUUUCUAUGGUUACACCAUCAUAAGAGACCUCAUAGUGAGGAACACCAACAACAACCUCUACUGGAACUGGUUCGGAAUCAUGACAUCCACGGCAGAUGAUUUACGGCACAUCAGGUUCAUGGAUAGAUCGUCUUAUCAUCACCCGGAAAUAACAGUAAAUCGACGAUUGAUCACAGCCAAUCACAACGCGGCCAUGGGCAACUUCAUACCGUCCAUCAACUUCUUCUUGAAGGAGUUCAAGAGAACCAACUCCGCUUAUUCGGCUUUUAUGUUGAGCGUUGUCAUUUUGAGUUAUUACUUUCAGAGGAGCACUAGAUGCAAGAAAAAGGUGUUGGCCGAGACUAUCACUUAUUUGUUUUUGAAUUAUACGAAGCUGAGGACGAGAUUCGCGGAUCAGGAGUGUUUUUAUAAUUUGGGGCGGAUGUAUCAUCAGUUAGGUGUGUCAUAUUUGGCGGAGUAUUAUUAUAAAAAAGUGUUUGCUGUUCAGAACUCUUAUUUGGAUAUGUAUCCGGAGAUAUUGUGUUUGAAGAGGGAGGCUGCCUAUAAUUUGCAUUGUAUUUAUAAGAAAAAUGGGAAUUUCACGGCAGCAAGAAAUAUCUUAUUCGAACAUAUUAUCAUUUAGAAGUACAAAAUCAUCAACAAUGAGUGGGAGCCUCAUGACAUCAGAUUACUAUAGGCAACCAAGAAUACAUUCUUCUUCUUAGCGUGUAUGCUGUGUGCAUUGCAAUAAACUCAAUAUAAACACCUGGAAGGGAGACGGUCGUUCUCUCGAAUAGCACAAAGUGUGUCAGGGACAGCUGCAACAAAGAUAGCUAGUGUUA